CAUAGUCUGCUGCAGAUCAGAAGCUUUGUUAUCGAGGGAGAGGCAAUAUAUCACUGUGAAAUGGAGAUUUCACCUUUUUAGUGACCGUUUUUUUGUUUUAUUAUUUUUCUAGUAAGCUUGCAGUGCUGCACAUGUGGAAAACAUGCUAAUAAUUAUAUCAAUUUCAAAGGCCAUCAGGAAGUUUCGAACUGCUCAAAACGCACAGUACAGUUAGGCAGCUAUAGUUAGUUAUCUUGGCUGACAUCCGUUUUUAUAUUGACUUAGUCGUCGCUUUAGCCUUUGCAUGUCGAUUAGACACCAGAUUAAUGAUUUUCGUGUGGAGGGUGAAAAGAAGAGACGCGUUGUUGUCGAGCUUGACCGGCAGUGUGAACUCCCAGACACGGUUUCAAACGCAACCCGCACGUUUAUGUAAAGAACCCUGCAUUCUAACAGCUAUUUGUUAAGUUGACGUCGUGUAUUUGAUAGUGUAUGCUCACAAAAAAGACCGUGACUCGGUAAUCAAUCUGGAUGUUAGACAUUUUAAUUACUGGCCGACUUAAAAGCGAAGUCUUGUAGUCGUAGUUAUUCAGGUUUAGGACAGGAUGAAGUCUUAAAUAUCUGUUUGGAAAAUGAACGUGUGGUGAGUGUCUUCUAGGAGUAGUUUUAAACGUGGAGGAAGAAAUAUUUCCCUCUUAACUUUUCAUUCCUUUAGCUCGAAGGUGAAGACAAACGGCCUCAAAUGUUACGCUAGAUACACCUAAGCCUUUCCAAAAGGGUCUUGUAAACCAAGUUUAUUUGCCAAGUAAAGUUUAUUUGGCGGAUAUAACAACCCACUCAGGGCACAGAUUUAGCUUUAGAUCAAGAAAUCCUCUCACACAGCUGUGGUUUCGCUAGCCGUUGUGCUAGCCUCCACCUCAGCCCUCAGAAAUGUCGAAUAUCUCCAACGAAGCUGUGAUCUUGAUUAAAGAUGUAAAGCCCGGAUUGAAAAACCUUAAUAUCGUCUUUAUAGUUUUGGAAAUCGGUCGGGUUACGAAGACAAAGGACGGGCACGAGGUGCGCUCGUGCAGAGUGGCGGAUAAGAGCGGCAGCAUCGCCAUCUCUGUAUGGGAUGAACUGGGCAGCCUCAUCCAGCCCGGGGAUAUCAUCCGCCUCACGAGAGGGUAUGCUUCAAUGUGGAAGGGGUGCCUUACACUGUACACUGGACGAGGAGGAGACUUGCAGAAAAUAGGAGAGUUCUGUAUGGUGUAUUCUGAGGUUCCUAAUUUCAGUGAACCAAAUCCAGAGCUGCUAACACAAGCUAACAAGCAAAACAAGACGGGUAAAGAACAGCGGGGAAAUUCUCCACCCAAUCAAAAUGCAGGUACUCCUGCACAGACAGGAAAUGGUAAUGUGCCAGUAUUUCCCAAUAACAGUGCUGCACUUGUGCCACGGGAUCCCAAUUUUGGGGCUCCAGGAAGACCAAACGGGCGUGUUCCAGGCAAUGGGCCACCCUCAGUAACUGCAGGGGCACCCCCUGCUCCACCCAAACCCACAGUUACCAUUAGCAAUGGCAGGGACCCAAGAAGGGCUUCGAAGAGAUGAGAACGCAAAACAACUUCCAUGUUUCCCACUCCUCCCUAAAAUCCUUCCCCAAACCAAUACACAAAACAAUGCUGCCAAUCAAAAGAUACGAGGUUCAGUGCUACGGUUUUGCCAAAUGUGCUUUUUGUGUUGUCAUUUGCCAAUAUUUGCAUAGUGUGAUAAUUUGUUUAUCACAAAAGUUUAGAAUUCAGCUUGUUACAGUUAAAGUUUGGCAUACUCUGUGCCUGUGAGUGCUGGUUCCGUGGCCCACCGUUUAUUUCCUUUCCCUAAAUGUUUUGAACUAUACACCCUACUUGAACACUCGAUGCACUUUCUUCUAUUAAUUUAUAGUGAAUGCAUUGUCAUGUGAUUCAGGAAUGAUUGACUGCUGUUGCAAAUUGGGGAGUUUGACAAAGUCCCCACACCUUUGGCCAAAUUUUUUUACCAGAAGUGACCAUGUUUAAGGAAAGGUUAAAGAUUGAUUUUGAACACUUACGGUUAUUUAAUUGGGAAUAAACCAAGAACAAAAUGUUGGGAAAUUUAUCCCGGCUUUUGUUGUAAUUGUUGUUCUUGAUCUUUUCAGUGACAUUUACAUUGAAGACCGCUGCCUUUUAUAAAGUGAGAUAUGACUAUGCUGAAAUAUUCUGCAUAUUCGAAUAUUGUAACACCUUUUGUGUUUUGUUAUAUGGACAUUUGAUGUUAUCUGCAUAUCAAUUUAAGGAUGCUAUCGUGCAGCUAAUACUAAACAAACUUGGGUUACUGCUACCCCUGGAAGAAUUGUUGCUGGGAUGGCGCACGGCGCAGUGACUGCUGCUUAUCUAGGCUAGUCAUGAUGAUCAACAGGACUGAAUGAUUGGGCUCCUCCCGAACCUAUGUUUGGAACUUCAUUUUAUUUCAGUUAGCCCAAUAGUUCCAAUACACAACAUUUGCAGCAUGAGUGAAGCUCCGUAUGUUCAUUCAUUGUACCAGGUAAUGUAUGUUACUAGGUGUUUAUAUAUUUUCAGUGCUAAUGCAGGACCCUGUUGAUUUCUUUGAAUAUAGAUUGUGCAAUAUGAUUGUAUUAUUAAGAUAUGAUCUAAUAUGUAAUUUAGUGAUUCAUAUUUUAAUAGCAUUGCUUUUCACUUAAAUAUUUUUAAUUCUUGUGUUUGUGGUUAGGUUGCAAACACUAUUAAAUUAUGAGCCAGGGUUUUUCUUUUCGUCAAGAAAAACAGCUGUGUAACAUGCACUCCAACUUCAGAAAGUCAAAACUGUGGCUUCAGUAAUAACUCUUUAGAGUGUCUCAUAUUUAAUCUGUGUCAAAUGUGAAUUGCAUGAACUCAGAGGAAGUGUAUAUGAUUAGUGGUUACCGUAGCCAUGACUAUUUUCUGUGCCCUCUUGUUUUUUUUAAAUCUUACAGCACAAGUGAAAUGUUUAAAGCACCACAUUACAUUUACUUUGACAGUCUUUUUGUAUGAGACUGUCUUUGUUUGACCACUUAUUCCUCUUCCAGAUGUAAGCUUAAAUAUAAGGUCAGGAAUCCCAUGCUUGGGUUUUAUAAUCAACUCAGUUAAGCACAAAUGUGUGUGAAUGUUUAACAGAAGUCUUGUUCCUCUGAAAAAUAUCACUGAAGUCAAUCUCA